AUGGAGAAGAUCCGAAUCAACGCCUGCACAACUAACAUGAACAAGUUCAAGGAGCUCUCCGCUAUACUAGGAGACCAAUUCGAACUCGUGCAGCGCCCAAUCGAACGUAAGAGCAACACGCAUGACGAUUGCAUGAUUGGCGCAGUGACGGAAACCCAAGGGAAGCCACGUGAAAUAGUCGAACGGAAGGCAAAGGAGGCGUACGCCAUGUUGAACGAACCGUUGUUCGUGGAAGACGUGUCAUUGUUCUUUAACGCAUUCAACGGACUCCCAGGACCCUAUGUAAAGGACUUUCUGACAUCGAUGGGACCCCAAGGGAUGUACCGUAUGCUCGCGGAUUUCGAAGUAAGCGACCGCGCCGCCACCGGCUCACAACUGAUGCAGGACAAGUCCGCCACUGCACUGUGCAGCAUAUGCUUCAUAGACGGAAAUACGCUGGAAACAUUCGAGGGAAGGGCCGAGAACCGAGGGGCUCCAGCAGGUUUGGAUGGUACGCUAAGAAUACAACACCAGCAAUUAAUGGCCUUCAUGGCAUCACCUGCCAAUCAAAUACUAAUCGGUGUGCAGGGAUGGCAUUUUCGAGCACAAACAAAUGGGCAAGACGUACGCAGAGAUGACGGUAGAGGAGAAAAACAGCAUCUCAAACCGGUCCAAGGCAGCCAACAAAUUGAAGGUAACACUCCCUUAACGUAUUGCCACAUGUUACAGGAAUUCCUAGUGAAAUACUACACGAAGGUAUAA